AAGAGUGGCGAGAGGAAGGCUGUAGGAUACAGAGGGAGGGAGCAACAUCUGGGACCCCGAGCUUAACAGCAUUACUCCAGGAGGCCCUGAAGUCUGAGCCAGGGCCAUGGAGGGGUCUGUGCUCAGCCCCACAUCCUGGGAGAAACGGCGGGCCUGGCUCCGUCAGAGCCGGAACUGGCAGACCCAGGUCCUGGAGGAGGAGGCUGCAGCCGCCUUGCAGGAUGUCACCGAUCCUGAGCCUUCCAGCUUGGAUGAUGUUUUCCAAGAAGGGAAUCCAAUCAAUAAGAUUGAAGACUGGCUCCAGGACUGUGGAUAUUCUGAAGAAGGACUCUCUGAGGAAGCAGGACGGUCAAUCUAUAAUGACUGCUCCAGCCAUGGGACCAGCUUUGACGAUGACUUGACCCUCGGAGCAGAGGCCACACUGCUGGCUACCAAUGGCAAACUCUUCUCCAGGAAUUUCCUGGAGACAGCAAGGCCUUGUCAGCUACUUGAUCUUGGCUGUAGUUUGGCUUCUAGCAGCAUGACUGGGGGAACCAACAAGACUAGUUCAAGCAUCUCAGAGAUUCUGGACAAGGUGCAAGAAGACGCAGAAGACGUCCUCUUCAGUCUGGGCUUUGGCCAAGAGGACCACAAAGACACUUCUCGGAUCCCUGCCCGAUUUUUCACCACCCCUUCUCAGGCCAAGGGCAUAGAUUUCCAGCUCUUCCUGAAGGCUCAGGUGCGGAGGAUUGAGAUGGAGGACCCCUGUCUCAUGCUGGCCAGCAGGUUUAAGCAGGUACAGACACUGGCUGUCACUGCCGAUGCCUUCUUCUGUCUCUACUCCUAUGUGUCAAAGACACCUGUCCAAAAGUUCACACCAUCCCACAUGUUCUGGAAUUGCAACCCAACUGAUGUGCCAUCCAUCAAGAUUCUAGCCCCAGAGCCUGAACCUUUCUCACCCAGAGAGCGUCUCCGGAAAGCCAUCUCUAAGAUGUGCCUGUACACAUGCCCCCGAGGUCAGUCAUCACCACCCUCCAACACUCCCCAAAGGAACAGUUUGGACCAAGUGGUAUGGGAAGUAAUGGACCGAGUGAGAGGUGAGAAGCUGGGCCUCCAGCAAGACUCUGAGUUUGGGCAAAGCAAACAAGAAGACCCUGUGCCCCCUAUUGGGGGAACAAGGCUGCCCACUUCUCCCUGUCCAUGUGUCCUCUGCUCCAAAGAGGAAACACAGAAGGGGAUGUCCACAGUGCUAACGUCAACACAAACCCUGGAUUUUAACUCCAAGAUACCCUGUUACAUACAUUCUCUGCCCAGAACAGAUCCACAGUGGACCACAGACCCUGCGCAGGUGAGGAGAGAGCUGUGGACUCUACAGGACACCAAUAAGGAAGCCCAUUCAACCAAGGAUGAGACUUUCUGGAAAAGAAAGAGCAAAGCAAGGAAGAGCCUGUUUCAAAAGAAUCCCCUGGCCAGGAAAAUUAAGUCAUUGGACUUGCCCUUCACCUGGCAGGACUGGAAGCAGAGCAUAGACAGACAGGAACUGCAUCAGUCUUUAACCCAACAGCUGCAGGACACUUUUGACUUGGAGGAGGAGGUGCGAAGCAGCAGUGAAGAGGAGCAGAGCCUCUGGUCCAGCAGACCCAGACAGCCCUGCUGCUGCCAGACUCUUGCUAGUCAAGAUUUAUGAACCAGAAGCAGCUUCAGGGAGCAACCUACUUCCCACCUCUUCUUGCAGAAAGUUGAACUGGCCUCAGCAUCCAGGCCUUGCUCCUUGGU